AUCGGGUGAUCUCAAGAUUCGUCUCGUAGUGUCGACAUGCGAAUAAGGAGGCCUCGAGGUUUGAGCAAUUCUCAAAUCAUCUUUGCAAGUAUCCUGGGAACUUUUGGUGGAUUUUACAUCUGGAAACCAGAAUUCGACCGUCUCCGCGCACGUGAAGAGAAAGCUUUGGAAACAACUACGCAAUCAUCAACAACAACAUAUUUAUUCAUCAUACAAGAAAGAAGACCGAAGAUGAUUGGUGUUUCAAGAUUAUGGCAGUCGUAUGUGAAGCAGGCUAACAGUAGCUCGGGAUUAAUGAUUGCAAUAGGAAUAUUGUCAAUCUCAUGUAUUUAUGGAUGGAAAAAAGGAGUGCAACCAGUUCUGAGGCAAAGAAAGCGGGAAGAAGCUGAAGAGUUUGCUGAUUUUUUAUUUGAGGAGCACAAGAAAAAAUUAGGGAAAAAUAUGCCGUAAUAAGUUUUAAUACCAGGUAUUAUCCACCCCGGAAGUUCCGUAUAUUAUGUGUAUUACACAUAUUUAUGCAUGUAUGUAUGUAUAGUUGAUGAUGUAUCAGACACUGUUACAUUUAUGAUAAAUAAAAUUAGGUAGAUUUCAGAAAUA